AUGCUAUCUGGUCUCAAAGACGUGGCCCCUGUCGAUGUGGCUUGGGACGCCCCAACCCUGGAAGGGGCUGCUUCAAAAGGCGGGAAUGUGGCAACGUGCAGCUGCAGAGAAAUGGGCCAGAAUGCUUCAGUGGAGGGGCAGUCUGGGUGUCAAGCAUACGUGUUUGGACCAAGUGCUGCAGUAUGGAUAGAAACACCAAAGGAAUGGCUCCAUUCAUUUCAUUCUUUAUGUGGAGAAUUGAAUCUUAGAGGAACGGAGAGCUGCAGGGGAGAGCUGCAGGGAAGGGUGCGUUCGCCGUUUGCAGUUGAGUGGAGACAUGGCAGCCUUGGAAUCGUUCCUGUGCUUAAGCUGCGGAAGUAG